UCCUCCUCCGGCAGCGCGAGGAAGCUGCUAGAGCCCCGACACACGCUCGCGCACACUCUCCGGCGACAACAAGUCUCUCCUGCUCCCAUCAGCUCUUAUCCGACACAUUUGGAUCCUCUUGAACGUGACGUGCAGCUGUCAGGCUUGAGGAUGGAUGAGUUACAGGAUGUGCAGUUGACCGAGAUCAAACCCCUCUUGACAGACAAGAAUGGACAGAACUUCCAGGACUUUGAUUGUCAGGAGCAUGACAUCGAGACUCCUCGCGGUGUCCUUCAUGUGACUUUGAGAGGGACUCCUAAAGGCAACAGACCGGUCAUUCUCACCUAUCAUGACAUUGGACUCAACCAUAAGUCCUGUUUCAACACACUGUUUAACUUCGAGGACAUGCAGGAGAUCACCCAGCACUUUGCUGUGGUCCAUGUUGAUGCUCCAGGCCAGCAAGAAUCUGCCCCUCCUUUCCCCACCGGGUACCAGUACCCAACCAUGGAUGAUCUUGCCGAGAUGCUGCCCUCAGUUCUGACGCAGCUAAAAAUCAACAGUGUGAUUGGUAUCGGUGUGGGUGCAGGAGCAUAUAUCCUCACUAGGCUGGCUCUGAAUGAGCCUGCUCUGGUGGAGGGGUUGGUUCUCAUCAAUGUGGACCCCUGUGCUAAGGGCUGGAUUGACUGGGCUGCCUCUAAGUUAUCUGGAUGGACCAGCAGUCUGGUAGAUAUCAUUAUGGCACACCACUUCAGCACGGACGAGCUGACAGAGAACCAGGAGAUCAUUCAAACAUAUCGUCUGCACAUCGCUCAAGACAUCAGUCAGGACAACCUGACUCUCUUCUGCCAAUCCUACAACAGUCGGCGAGAUCUGGAGAUUGAGAGGCCCGUCCUGGGAAUUAAUGAAGACACAGUCACACUGAAGUGUCCUGCCUUGUUGAUCGUUGGUGACACGUCACCAGCGGUAGAGGCUGUGGUUGAAUGCAACUCAAGGCUAAAUCCAACCAAGACUACUUUACUCAAGAUGGCAGAUUGUGGUGGACUUCCUCAAGUUGUCCAACCGGGUAAACUCGCGGAGGCUUUCAAGUACUUUGUCCAGGGAAUGGGCUACAUGCCCACUGCCAGUAUGACCCGAUUGGCUCGAUCUCGCACUCACUCUGCCUCCAGCAUGGGCUCAGCAGACGGCUCCCGCAGCCGCGCACAUACCAGUUCACAGAUGGAGGGCGCCACUGGCGGUCCGGUCAAUGACAACCAGACCAGACCGCAGACCAUGGAGGUGUCCUGCUAAAGCACCCAGAACCAAGCCACCAUUUCACCUGGGAUCAUCCACGUGUGGCACUUCUGCACUUCAGAUGGCUUUCUGUCCAUUUUGGGGUUUUGUUUCCACUGUUACUCGUUCUACUUGUUCUCCUGUGGCCAGAGAGUGCUGGUCUAAUGAAGGGAUGCAUUGUUUGAUGUCUAGUAAUCCAUGUAUUUUACAUAUUGGAAUAUUUUUCCACUGCAUGGAAGCACUAAUCUUUUGCUGAUGUUUUUACCUUGAUUUGAAUUGGCUUACUACUUUAUUUCUCCAUUCUGUUAUAUUUGUGUCAUCCUUUGGAGAUUCAUUUCCACUAUGGAUAUGCUUCUUGUGUGUAUAUUUUGCUGGAGGCUGUUAUAUUUUGAACAUUAAGAGGUUGUUCUUGUUUGUAGCCGGAGAGAUUUAGUUCCCUCUCUUGCUCUCUCUAAGGUCUUCCUGCCCCGUGUUUACUAUAGAGAUGACCAAACCACUUCACUUUCUCCUAAUCCAAUUUUUUAGUUCAGUUUCUGCUGCUCUCAACCUAUGCUAUCGGCUAUUAUAGUUUGCUAUUAAUUGACUGUCUGUCAUUUGUAGUGUUACUAGAAAACGAAAUCUACUGGUUAGCAUGUCCCUAUUUAAAGUGUACAGUAGACAUUUAUGUUAGUAUUACUUAUAUUUAAUCUUUCUGCAAAUGGUUUAUUCAGUUUAAUUAAAUUCUGUGUAAAUGGAGAACUUGUAUUGAGUUUUAGACCAGAACCCCCUAAUAGCAAAGACGUUGCUUAGGUUUGCACUUAACUUGAUGUAAAAUAUUUUUCACAGCCUGUGCUUGGGAGAUCAGCUACACCAAACAAGUAACAAGUAACUGAAGCUAAGAUCUGCAGCUUGUUCAGAUAACAUUUACCAUAGAGGGCAUCUGGAGGUAUAAAACGGCAUGAUUCCUCUAAAGGCACUAGACCGUAGUGGUAAAUGAUCUGUAUACUUUUCGCUUAUUAGUCUCUAUUCUUUCUGUACAGCGGGCUGAUGUUCCUAUAACCUCUUAAUAUUUUGACUACUGUUAGAUUCUGACGUUUUAUUGUUCUUGGCAUUUAUUUCAAUGGAUGGCAAUUCCCUGUUGAUUUGCUGAUUGUACCUCUGCCUUGAGUGAGUUUGUGAUGGUGGGUUGUGCUUUGUCCUCCAAGCAUUUAGGGGGCGCUGUACUGCAUACUAUCUACUGAGUAUACCGAUUUGUACGAAUAUUGAAAUAAAGUAGUUGUACAUAAAACUUG